AUGUAUAAGAUGGAGUAUUCGGAAUCGACAAAGGUAGUUUUCAAAAGAAUCGAGAAGCUGGAUCCUGAGAAUGUAUCCAAGAUCAUCGGCUAUCUCCUCCUCAAAGACGAGGGGCAGGGAGAGCUGGAGAUGAUCCGUUUAGCCUUUGGCCCGGACAACUUAAUCCACUCCCUCAUCAACACCGCCAAAAGGGAGCUCGACUUUUCAUCCACCAAACCCACAAGGAUAGUCCCUACCCCUCAGCCUUUAGCUCGAAACAAGCGGAUGCAAUCUUUCAGCUUGGACGUGGGCCCCCCGUAUUUUCAUGAUUGUCUCAUCUGCCAGAGCUUCAGUCAGGGGUACUGCAAGUACGGCGGCAGCUGCCGGUUUCUGCACGUCUUCCGAAUGGAAAACGGUCAUUUCAUGGUGCUGAAUCAUCCCAGGACGGGAGACGAUCAUGUCCUCGAAUCUCUCGAGCAGCUAGAGAUUGAGCUGAUUGGGCUUCUCAAGGCCCGGAAAGGGGUUCCGGUUUCCAUCUCCUCACUGCCAAUAUUUUACUAUGAUAAGUACGGACGGGCCCUUCGGGUUGAGGGCUAUCUCGUUGAGGGCCCCGGCCAAGGAAAGGUCAGGUUUACCCUUGCGCAGCUUGUUGCUCAGAUGACAAAGGGCAUUCAUGUGGAUGACAGACCUCAUGGGAGGCAGUCGAUUAUAAUGGUGGAGGACAUCCCCUUGUACGCGAGAUGGAUGGAAGAGAAGAAAGAAAACGAGUCGGUAUCGUGCCAAGUUUAUCUGACUUUUCCUCCACACAGCAUGUUUACUGAGGAAGAUGUUUAUAAUUAUUUCAACAAUUUUGGACCAGUUCAGGAAGUUAGGCUUCCCAACCAAGAAAAGAGGAUGUUCGGGUUUGUGACUUUUGUUUACCCAGAGACGGUAACCUUAGUCCUGUCGAAAACAAACCCUCAUUUUAUUUGUGGUGCAAAAGUGCUGGUGAAACCUUACAGGAUAAAGUCGUUGCUUGUCAAUAGGAAGUCUGAGAAAGUCCAUAAUCCAGUUAAACAUGAUCCACAUAAAGCGGAAUCCGAUCCUUCAAGCAAGACUCAAACCAUUUUCGUGUUUUCAGUUUCUUUUAUCACAUAUACUUCCUAUUCCACCAAGCUUGAGAAGAAGCAUAUGCAUAUGUUGGGCGGCCAGAAGUCUAAUUGUUCAAGCCUUUCAGAAGAAGGUGUUUCGAGCGAUGGGUCCACUACUGAAGACAAAUUUUAUCACAUUAUAAGUCGCAACGACAAGCUGGACAGCUGUGAAGAACUUGAUCUGCCCGAGAGCCCAUUUUCUGUUGAUGUUGCUCGAACUGUGUCACAACUUGUGUAG